UUAUAAAAAUAUAAUUACUAUGUACCUACUAAGUACUAAAUACAACUUAAUAUGUUUUCUGUGCUUACGGUCUAAUCUGUUAUAUGUUAAUUUUUUUAGCUUGUUCCGCAUUCGCAGAACCUAUUAAUCGUAAUGGCAGGAACGCUGGAACCAAUGAUUAUUUCCUUUACACCAGGAGAAACCGUGCGACAGCGCAAACACUUGUGAUAGACAACGUGAACAGCAUAACUACAUCUAACUUCGAUGCUAAGUGUUCCACUAUUGUCGCCAUCCACGGCUGGGUUGAUGACUCUCAUUCUGAAUUCAACCAAGCCAUCAAGAAUGCGUACCUUGAAAAGAAUGAUGUGAACAUCAUUAUGGUGGACUGGAGCCCGUUAUCACAGGGGUCGUAUACUGCUGCAGUUUCUGGAGUACCCAAAGUCGGGCGUGAUCUCGGCCAGUUCAUCAGCUUCCUCACCACGACGACUGGCGCUUCUCUUGACAAUGUUCACUUAAUUGGGUUCAGUUUAGGUGCUCAUGUGGCCGGCAAUGCGGGCAGGGCCCUUGGUGGAAAAGUGGCACGUAUUACUGGAUUGGAUCCUGCUGGACCUCUGUGGGCUGGCAAUUCAAACUGCUUGAAAGCAUCUGACGCAGUCUAUGUAGAAGUCAUCCACUCUGACGGUAGCUUGGUUGGCCUCGGCAUCCCAUACGCCGUGGGUGACGUGGACUUCUUCCCUAACGGGGGCACUGGCCAGCCUGGUUGCUCUGACAUGUUCUGCAACCACAACAGAGCGUGGGAGUUGUUCGCUGCGACCGUCACUUUCAACAACCUGGUUGCCAAUCAGUGUGCUAACAUGAUACAGGUUGCUACAAACAGCUGUCGAGGACAACAGUUGCAUAUGGGCAACGAUCAAUUAAACAAGAGGGGGUCUGGAUUGUAUCGAGUAAACACGAAAGCGAAAUACCCUUUCUGACGAGAUACUAUUAAAAC